AUGAACUUAAAGCAGUUCGAAGAGUCCGGUUUUAGCAGCUUGAGCUCUUUGAUGAUAAGAGAUGAUAUCGGCCAGCUUGUGGUCGGAGCCAGAGGGAAAGUGUUCACACUCAACUUGGAUGACAUCACCCAAAAGACCAGUGAGGCCAAAUGGACGGUCAGUUCAGCAGACAAGGCCCUCUGUCAAAUGAAAGGAAAGGACACUAAGGAAUGUGAUAACUUAAUUCGGACUCUACAGACACUGGAGGAUGGUAAAAUGCUAGUGUGCGGGACAAAUGCUUUCAACCCUGCAUGUGACUACUUGGACGCGUUCCUUCUCCAAGACCAAAAAGACUGGGGGGAGAGCAUCUUUUAUGCCACGUUCACCAUUAACUCGGAGUCCUCAGGUGCUUGCAUUCAGUCUGCUGUCUGUGCCUACAAGCUCUCCGACAUUAGCCGGGUGUUCAGUGGUAGGUUUUUGACUGAGAGUGAUACUGGGAGCUGGGACACAUACACAGGAGAGGAGCCAUUCCCUCACCCUGGUUCAUGCAUUAACGAUGAACUGCGGGCGGAAGGUGUGAUGACCUCUCUCGACUUCUCAGACAAAACCCUGCUGUUUGUGAAGAACCACCCUCUGAUGGAAGGGGCUGUCACACCGAUCACUGGCAAGCCUCUGUUGGUCCGCAUUGGGACAUUUUUCUCCAAAAUUGUAGUUGACCAAGUCACAUCACUUGAUGGACAACUGCAUCAAGUGAUGUUUAUUGGCACAGACUCUGGUUGGCUUCAGAAGGCAGUGAGGUUUGAUGGUGAGGAAGGCCGCAUCAUCGAGGAGCUGCAAGUGUUUCCAACUCCUCAGCCUGUCAACUUUCUCCAGCUGUCUUCCAAAACAGGCCAAUUGUACGGUGGUGCCAAUGGCGUUGCUGUUCAAGUUAAUGUAAGGGACUGUAGCCGCUACACAUCAUGCGAUGACUGCCUUAUUGCCAGAGACCCUUACUGUGGCUGGGACAUGAUCAGCGGCCAGUUGAAAAAGAAACAUCCCAUUGUCCACCUGAACAUCAGGAUAGCGCAGUUCCUUCCAUGUUCCCCUGAAACAAACCUCCCAAUCAGCUGGCGCCUCUCGGACCGAAUCCUCCUUCCAGGUCCCCGACACACUGUACUGAGCCUGGGACUCAUCAUCAGACCUUCCUAUUCUGAGUCUGGCAUUUACACCUGUGAGACAGUGGAAACAGUAAAGGGUAAAGUGCACCGGAAGACGGUGGUCCAGUACUUCGUCCAGGUUCAGGACCCUAGCACUCUUGUCAGGACAUUGAAGGCAGCUGUUAUCGUCUUGUCCUGCUUGCUGAUAUUGCUCAUAUGCAGUGUACUCGUGAUCAGACACAUACAGGCGAAAAAGCAAAAUCACAUUGGUUGUGGCAACGAAAACAAGAACAACAAUCACAUGAUCGUUAGUCCUUUCUUUCACUAUGACCCUACCUCUGAUCGACACUGUGACCAGGAAGAGGAGCAGAGUGUGGAGGCUAGGAGUGUUAAAACUAUACUCAUUCUCCCAGAAGUCGCCUUGGCAAACCUAGAGGUGGAGGUGGAGGCAGACACUGUCAACGGCUGCACAGUAAUUGAGAUCUCAGGGUGA